AUGUCAAGCUACGGAUUUAUUAAAGUUCCAAGAGAUAUUAAGAAGGCUAUCCCAAAUCCUAAGAAGCCAACUUCACAAAAAGUUGUAGAAUUACCUUCAGGAGUUCUUGGUAAGUUCAUUUUAGAGUAUGCUCAAAAGGAACUUCCAGAAAAAGUCUUGAACCAUUCAUUGAGAGUUUACCAAUAUAGUGUUUCUAUCUUAAAGGACCAAUUCCCAGAAUGGGAUCUUGAUCAUGAAGUUCUCUUUGUAACUGCAUUGUUACAUGAUAUUGGCACUACUGAUAAGAAUAUGUCGGCUACCAAUUUAUCGUUUGAAUUCUAUGGUGGAAUUAUUUCUCGUGAUUUGAUCUUGGAACAAACGGAUGGUAAUAAAGUAUAUGCAGAUGCUGUCGCCGAGGCAAUUAUUAGACAUCAAGAUCUUGGUGAAUCGGGAUAUAUUACAUCCUUGGGACUUAUCAUCCAAAUUGCAACUAUUCUCGAUAAUGUAGGGUUAAAUUCAGAAUAUAUUCAUCCUGAUACUCUUGACCUUGUCAAUAAAAAGUAUCUGCGAGACGGUUGGAUUGGAUGUUUUGCGAAUGCCAUAGACAACGAAAACACUCGUAAGCCUUGGGGUCAUACUAGUGCAUUGGGAGUGGAUAAGUUCCGUGAUGAUGUGUUGGCCAAUUCGCUUCGCUAUGAGAAAUUAUAA